AUGGCGCGGCUGGACCUGGAGGAGCUGGCCGAGAUAGAGCUGCAGAGAGACGAGGAGGAGGCGGCUGCGCUGGGCGCAGUGCAGAGACCCUCGGCGGUGGCAGCGGCCGACCAGGACCCUGCCCUGAGCCUGAGCCACCCCUUCUACGACGUGGCCAGACACGGCAUCCUGCAGGUGGAAGGGCUGGACUGCCUGGGGAGACGCAUCGUCACCUUCAGCUGCUGCCGGAUGCCCCCCUCGCACGAGCUCAACCACAGGCGCCUGCUGGAGUACCUGAAGCACACGCUGGACCGGCGGGUGGAGGGCGCCUACGCCGUCGUGUACUUCCACUUCGGGCUCAGCCGCCGGAACCGGCCGUCGCUGCGCUGGCUGCAGGGCGCCUACCGGGAGCUGGACAGGAAGCACAAGAAGAACCUGCAGGCCCUCUACAUCGUGCACCCCACCAGCUUCGUCCGCGUCCUGUGGGCCGUCUUCAAGCCCCUCGUCAGCCACAAGUUCGGGAAGAAGGUGGCCUACUUCUCCUCGCUGAGCGCGCUCCGGGACCAGCUGCAGUGCGGCCCGCUGGCCGUGCCCCCCGAGGUCGUGCAGUACGACGAGAAGCUCCGGAGCCUGCAGGAGGGCCGGCCGCUCGCUCCCGCCAGGACGCCGCCGCCGCGGCCCCCGCUGCCCACCCAGCAGUUCGGCGUCAGCCUGCAGUACCUCAGAGACAAGAGCCACGGCGAGCUCAUCCCCCCGGUGCUGCGGUCCACGGUGACGUACCUGCAGGAGAGAGGGCUCCGCACGGAGGGCCUGUUCCGGAGGUCGGCCAGCGUCCAGACCGUCCGCGAGAUCCAGCGGCUCUACAACCAAGGGAAGCCCGUGGACUUCGAUGCCUACGGGGACCCCCACAUCGCCGCCGCCGUGCUGAAGGCCUUCCUGCAGGAGCUGCCGCAGCCGCUGCUCACCGUCCCCGCCUACGAGCAGGCCCUGGGCAUCACCAGUGUGGAGAGCAGCCUGCGGGUGACCCGCUGCCGCCAGAUCCUGCAGGGCCUGCCCGACCACAACCGCGCGGUGCUCGACUACCUCAUGGGCUUCCUGCACCAGGUGUCCCGGGAAAGCCUCUUCAACAAGAUGAGCAGCUCCAACCUGGCCUGCGUCUUCGGCCUCAACCUCAUCUGGCCGUCGCAGGGGGCGGCCUCGCUGGGCGCCCUGGUGCCCCUGAACCUGUUCACCGAGCUGCUGAUCGAGCACCACGGCAAGGUCUUCAGCGCCCGGGACGCCCGCGGGGAGCCGGCUGCCGGCCCGGCCGGGGCGGGGGAGCCCGGCGGCCCCCUCGCCGGAGGCCGCGCCGCGCCCCCCGGGCCUCCGGCCCCCGGCAGCCGCCCCGGGACGCCGCUGGUGCUGGAAGUGUCCCGCUGA